AUGUCUCAAGGUGACAUAACUAAAAUAAAUCCACUAAGUUUCACAAAUAGAAAACUUAAAUGGCUUGGUGAUUUUGAUUUAUUUGAGAAAUUUGUUAAUGACAUAUUAAACAUCAAAGGCGAGUGGAAGGUUCCGCGUGGCGGUUGUAAACAGCUGAAGACGAAAGAUAUCACUGUACGCUGGUACGAAAACCGAAGUGUGUUGUUGGAUGGUCCCAUGAAAGAUGAAUACUCCGAUAUUCUGCAAAGAAUAGCCACUAUUUCACCGAAUAACAUAAGCAAUUUGGGAGUUGACGACUUUGCUGAUGUCUCACCCACGCAUAUGCCUUCCCUGCCGAAUAUUAAUAGCUUUAUGGUAAAUACGAACAUGUCGAAUGCUGAACUGUUCGAUUUUGAUGCUUCUCAAAAUGACUCUGCACACUUUUCAACUAAUAAUGGCGCUACAAAUGGAUCUGAGCAAACCCUUAAAGGAAUUUCGAUAUGUGUGGAGGGAAACGCACUGGAUGAUGUUAUGAAUCGCUUGAAUGCAUUGUCUAACGAUAUUUGAAAUAUCCAGGUAAAACAACUAUAGAAAUAACUAAUGAGCUUGCCAAAAUUAAUAUUAAACCGGAGCCGUCUCAUGUUGUUAUUCACGCAGGGACAAAUGAUGUCCCUGUUGAAUCUAUAGACGAAUGUGUUGGUAACAUGGAAAAACUUAUUACAACAGCUAAACAGAAAUUCCCUAAUUCUAAAAUUGGAAUUUCUGGACUUUCAUUGAGACAGGAUAGUGAUUUAAUAUCAAAAAUAGAAGAAAUUAAUGAGAAAGUUCAGAGUUUGUCAUCUAAGCAUGAUGUGACAUUUAUAAGUAAUAUGUCAAUAGAUGAGACAUGUUUGAACUCUAGUGGCCUGCAUCUAAAUGCAAAGGGGACUGCCAUACUAGCUACACAUUUUAUUAAGUUCCUUAGGGAUGGACAAUCCUUAAGUUCACUGCGCCCACAAAAACAUUCCUGUCAGGAUUUUCCAAAGAACACAAUAAACCAUCUGGCAGAACUACUAAAUGCGAUAAUGAACGUGAACAAGUAA